AUGCCAGUGGAAAAUGUCCAGUUGAUGCAGUACAUAGAUGGUGAAUUUGUUAGAUUGCAACAGCAAGACUACAAUGAUCUACUUGAAAAGACACGAAAAUCAGGCGAGCUAUUUAAAGACAGACAAUUUCCAACAAAACUAUCAAUCUUCAGUUACAAGAGACCCACGCAACUUUCAAAUAAUCCAGUUUUAUUCAUUGAAAAUAAACGUGACAGAAGUUUUCACCUGAGACAAAGAUUACUAGGUGAUUGCUGGUUUUUAGUUGGACUUUUAAAUCUAAAAUAUCAUGAAAAUUUAUUUAAUUUUAUUGUGCCAUCAAGCGAUCAGUCAUUUGAAGAAAAUAAAUAUGCUGGUAUAUUUCACUUCAGAUUUUGGCAGGCUGGCAAGUGGGUUGACAUUGUCAUCGAUGAUCGUCUUCAAACUGUCGGAAAAUUUCUAUGGUAUACAUCUUUAAAAAGUUCCAAUGAAUUUUGGGUGCCUCUAAUUGAAAAAGCCUACGCAAAGCUAAACUAUCGAUCAUACAAAAAACUUGAAGGAGGUUUUGCUUCAAUAGCGAUGCAAGAUUUAUCAGGAUGUAUUCCUGAAGUAUACAUUGUUGCAAGAGAAUAUAAAACAUUAUUUGAAAUUAUUUAUAAUGCAAAAAUAAGACAGACAAUGAUAAGCUGUGGCUCUUAUAACGAAGAGACAUUGAAAAAAAAAAAUAAAAAAAAUUCUUUAAAUAUUGUUUUAGGACAUUAUUAUGCUAUUACAGCUGUGAAAAUAAUUAAAAAAAAAACUGAUGAUCGUGAAUUCAAAUUGAUACGUAUUAACAAUCCACAUGGUUCAAAAGUUUCAAUUCGUUAUCCUCGUAAAAUCAAAAAAAUAUAUACCGAAUUUAAUGAAAUUAACCGAGUUGCUAUGAAGUCUGAAUUACAAAUACAAGUUGAUGGAGAAAGUUGGAUUUUGUACGAAGAUUUCAUAGACUAUUUUGAAACUGUUGAAAUUUGUAAUUUAACACCAAAUUCAGUGAUCGGUGAUAUUUACACAGUAACGACAAAUAAAAAAUUGUCGUUAUCAGCAAAAGAAGGAAUAUUUAUGGGAGGAACCUCGUCGAAGGUAGUAAAAGUAAAUGAUGUGCUUACAAUGAAACCACAAUAUCGUAUUGUAUUAACUGAGCCAGAUGAAGGUCAAGAAAAUGAUAAUACAUGUAGUAUUCUAAUUAGUUUGUCAUUAAAAUAUCAACGUGAUUUAGAAAAUUUUAUCAGUACAAAAUUAGACAUUACUAUUCUAUCAUUUAAUGAAACUGAGGAAAAUAAAUUACAAAAACCAUUGCGUAAUUAUCUUUUACAUGGCCCAAGUUAUAGCAAUUAUAUAACUUCAAUGUCUGGACAAUUGAGUAACCGCUUGACUUUAAAAUUGGGUACAUAUUAUAUUUUACCGUCAAUUAGAAAUAAUAUUAAAGGAGCAACUUUUUAUCUUCAAAUAAUGUCUGAACAAGAAAAUAUUUUAGAGUAA